CGUCCGAAUUCCCACCAUUAUUCUAGCUAGAUGAGUUCCUUGAGCUUCCAUAAAGCUGCUGCAAGGCCGAAACACAAUGCGAUUCCAAGCAGAUGGAGGUUGGAAAUUGGGUGAUUGACAACGCAUGAUGUUGCGGCUGAGGAUCUAGAUGCUUUUUCAUUCUUGGCAAACCUACAGCCUCCCCUUUCUUUUAACCUCGUAUCCAUGGCUCACCGGCCUUCAUUUUCUCUAACUGUCGCUCACAUUUUUGCUCAUAAUGCCGACCAUUGCCGAGAACGCUUUUCCUACUAAUCGCAAGCUACAGAAGGAUGGAUGGUUAUGCACCGGGGGUCCCUAUCAAGACUAUAUUGCUAGUCUAUGUAGCUGGAGCCCUGGAUUGAAGAAGGCAGAUCCCUAUAGUGGCUCAGCACCAGUCGCUUCUAGGGAGGUAAGGGCCACGCUGCUGACCGUCGACGAGGACCGCAAUUAUCACCGCGCUUUUGACAUGGUCAUACCGCAGGAUCUCAACCUUCUGGCCGACCAACUUCAGACCAGAGUCGGUUCAAAAAACGUCUGGCUCGUCACCAAUAUCAACUGCGACACAGUUGCGCUUCUCGGGGAGCACUUCAAGACCGACCCAGACUUCUUUCUUCAGUACGAGCGCAGCUCCAAGUGGCGCAGGUGGCAGGAGGAGCCCAAUCUUGUUCCAAGCUUGCCUUCUACAGUAGCAAAUCAGCGGCACCGCAUUCUCAAAUACUGCGACUUGAGGGACUUCGGCCCAUAUUUGGACUCUUAUAACUUGUCCUGCGCCGAUACGGGGAGAUUUAUCCACAGGAUGAAGCGAAAGGGCCGCUUUGUGAGUCCUUCCAUAGUUGACAGGAGGUGUGGCUUCUGGUAUCGGACUGUCGGAGACGGGUGGGAUGUGGUGAUACUAUGCGACCCACCACUUCGCCAAGUCCAUGUAUGGCGACCCGAAGAUCCCGCGCGAUUAGACAGACAGUGGCACUCCCUUAAGAUAAAUGUCGAGAAUGACAAGCCCUUCCAGGACGGGUAUUGCGACUUCAUACCCAGAAACGAAGCACUGUCGGAAAUUCCCCUGGGUCCUUUCAAAAACUCACUCCACGAAGAUCUCUGCUACUACCUCCUCAACCGCAUGGACACGCUCCCAUCAUCUAAAGUUCCGCAGCACGGCUAUUGGAUACCACUCAUCUUUCUCCAGAAGAUUAUAGCAUCACACUACAUGCAGCUGAUGAAUUUCACGACCUCGCAUCUCAUCCACAAGGAAUGGCCUCUCAUUCGGCGCGAAUCCCUAGCAGACCUGGAAAUAUCCUGGGCUGAAGCACGCUGGAGUGAGAUUCAAGAAGUCAUGAUGCGAUGCAACGAAUACGUCGAUAACCUUGAAUCUCUAUUCAUCACCCUGGGCAUUCCAUUCGAAGAGCCCAUACCUUCCGCCAGCACCUACUGGUGGGAUGCAAAACUCGACUUCCAGUUCAUUCUCCGAAGAGCAAAAGCCAUCAAAUCGAGAACGGCAGACCUAAACAAUGCAUUCACCGGUUUGACCGGCAUCGUGGGCAAUGCCCAGGCCCACCAGGAAGCCCGACGCUCGCUGGUCGAAGCCAAACGCUCUGUGCGCGAGGCCAAGAAUAUGAAGGCACUGACCUUUGUCGCCAUGGUCUUCGUCCCGCUAGCUUUUACCUGCGCGCUGUUCAGCAUGAACGAUAAGUACAAUCCGGGCGGCGCAGACUUCUGGGUCUUCUUCGCCGUCAGCAUCCCACUGGUGGCUCUUGUGUUCGUCGGCGCUCUCGUAGCGGAUAUGGGCUAUAACGAUGAUGGGGAGUGGAUCUGGAAGACGUUCGGUUUUCAGCUGAGGAAUGCUGUGAGGGGGAAGAGCAAGGGUAUUCUUGACUCUGAAAGACAUCUAUCGAACGAUGAAAAGCCGGGGCCGGUGGUUACCGUCACCAUGGGUUCGACUUCCGGCUCCAGUCAUCGCUACCCGCCGAACAAAGCAGCAUACGCUCUUUGACGCUCUUUGAAUCGCUCUUUGUACCUCCACACUGCAUUGUACAUCCGCACCCCUUUUCAGUCAAACAGUCUGCACAUAUUUAUCUAUGCUUCCUGCAGUUGCUACCUCUCAACACACCACUGAUCUGCAUCGUUCAGGCUCACUUCAUACUCCAACAUGUGCAAACGCAACGGUAUCUUCUACACAUGCGGACACAUCCUACUCAACAACAUACAACCCUUCACAAUUUGUCCAAACGCUUGCCGAGUUCCACUAACACCGUGCUCCAGCAUUAGCGACGCCGUCGAGCCCUCAAUUGACCUAUGCGUGGACUGCUGGACGAAGCGGGAGAAGGAGCAGAAAGAGGCACGGGCCAGGAG